AAACUUAGCUUUACACUUUGAUCUUAUUAGCAUUAUAUAGAGCCAAGUCAUAUUGAAAUGAAUUGUUCAGGGGUAUUUAUUUCUUGUGUCCUGUGUUAGUACAGGACUAUGGUACACACAUGAACGUUUAGUGUUGGGCACUUAUAGCAAAGAUUAAUUACAUAUUGUUUAAUCAUAAUUUAUUUUUUACAAACCUGCCCUUAAAACUGAACGGGCACAUCGUGUAACACGCAAGCAGGAACCACAAAGCGAUACCUAGAGCUUCUCGUUUAGUUUCAUUUUGAGUUAACCUGCCCAUGUGUUUGUAACUGCAUUAGGAUACAAAGAAACAAAUGGGAGCUUUACAGUAAAAACAUUUGAUUGUUCUAGUUGUGAAGGAACAUGGAGGCAAGUCCCUUUGCAUCCCUGUGCAUUGUUUGGGCAUUUCUGCAGCUGGUUUCGAUGGAGUCUCACUCUCUGCGCUACUUUUACACACUGAUUGUGGAUGGAGGAGGGGCGCCCCGCUUCAUGUCAGUGGGUGUCUUGAACGGGGUCCAAAUCGAUCGUUACGACAGUGACGUACGUGAACCUAAAAACGUGCCGACUCAGGAAUGGAUGGCACAGAACCUGGGCGCCGGGUUUUGGGAGUCGGAGACCGAGACUAGAAAAGAGGACCAGAGGGACUUCACUGCCAUGAUGAGGGACUUUUUCAACCACAGCCAUGGGAAGAUACAUACCUUCCAGGCCAUGUGUGGAUGCGGCUUUGCAGACGACGGCUCCAGCUGGGCCGGCAUCAGUAACGCUCACGAUGGGAGGACCUUCCUGACCUUUGACCCCUCGUCUCAAGGCUGGUUGGCAGUGGCGUCUGGGAGGCAUCAGGCUUCAGCACAGCGUGUGAAACGGCAGUGGGAUGGCAGGAGCUCGUGGAACCAGGAUGUGGGACACUACGUAAAGACAGCCUGUCUCGAGAGGUUGAGGAAGUUCCUUCAGUAUGGAGCAGAGGCAUUAAAGAGAAGAGAUGCCCCGAGAGUGACUGUGCUUUCCAAAGGAGACAGAGUAACCUGCUUGGCCACCGGCUUCUAUCCCCAGGGGGCAGAGGUGACCUGGGUUGAGGAAGGAGGAGACCAGGUCCCGGGACACUUGGUACUGGGGGGUGAGGAGCUGCCCAAUGAAGAUGGCACUUUUCAAAUCCGACUCACCCUGAAGCCUAGUGUGACUGAACAGACAGGACAGAGGUUCAUCUGUCAUGUUGAACACAGCAGCCUGGAUACACCAAUUCAAAAACCAUGGGAAAAACAGAAGAACAGCAACGAUGCUUCAGGGAUUGUCAUGGCCACCGAAGGGAGUGUCAUGAUCAUUUUGUUUUGUUUUUCUCAUUUAUUUAUUUUAUGACGACAUCUUAUGUUUAUUUUAUUAAUGCAUACUUAUAUAGAUAGGACUGACAAGUUGCAAAAAUAAUUUUCUAGGUAGGAUCUGAGCAGUUUAGUAGAGGGUCAUCACAAGCAUGAGUAUUGCAUUUUAUCUCAUUUCUCCAUGAAAAUAAAGGAGAUAGGAAAAAGAAAAAGAAAAGACAAAGGCGUGCAUGGGGAAAGUAACAAUAAAUACAGAAGUGAGGAAAGUAGGGAGUGUCUUAAUCUAUGAUUUCAGAAAGUGUAUAUACAACAUUUCUCCAGAAGGAGUUAAUAGGUGAGCAGAGCCAUGCCGCAUUGAAUGCAUACUUCUAAAUCCAAUGAGAAAUAGUUUGAGUUUGGUUUGAUGUGACAUAUGAAUUACUUUAUAUUUGCAUUCAAUGAAAUGGAGAAAAUUGUUAAUAGGUGGUGUCCGGAUUGUUUCAUUGAGUGAUUUAAAUCACCUGCAUGUCUUUCAGUAGGUAUGGACAUAGUGUUCCAGCUGGAUAAAAGUUUGUAUGAGUUAGAUUUUCCUUGUGAGGCUCCUGCUGCUCAUAACACCCCUCCAGGUUACGCAGAUGACAUCAGAGAAGCCGUGCCCAUUCCCCAGCUGUGACUUACUGUGCUCUGGUGCACUUAUGGUGGCUUAUAGCGUGAGAAGUAAUCACUGUUGCUGUGCAAUUGAAUGUGAGGAUUUCAUUUGUGACAUACUGUGCUCCUGUGUGAGUGCUUGAGGUGUUGUGAUUGUGACAAUGGAGCAGGCUCUUUUGUGGACUCUGCAGGACAUCUAUAAUCAAAGAGUCCACAAAAGAGCCUGCUCCAUUGUCAGGGACUACACCCACCCCCAGUGCGAACUGUUCACACUUCUACCCUCUGGCAAGAGGUACAGAAGU